CGCUCGUCCCACGACGAAGGCAGCUUGGUAGAGAGUCCUGGGAAGGACGCGAAGAAUAAUAUGGCUGACGAAAACGUGCUGUUGGAGAAGUCACCCUUACAGAAAUAUCUCCACGAAAUUGGUUUUACAGACUUUGAAAAGGAAGAAGAACAAGAAAAGUUAAAAAAGAAUCAAUUUUUUUUCGAUAGAACCUGGAUAAAAGGCCUAUUUCAUCGUUUUGGCAACAGAACAAAGCUAACUACUUGGGAGUCUUUUUUGUCGUGGUUCAAGAUUGCUAUAACGCCAUCACUGCAGGAUCUUGAUGCCUUCAGGAAAGACUACGUUGCGGCAGUUGCCGAGUCACAACUAUUAAACGAGGAUGACGUCGAGUUUCUUUCCCGCUUUGAUCCUGAACUUUUCGAAUCUAGAAGACUUUGCGCGUCAAGAGAACGGGGCUCAUGGCUCUCUCGAAAAUACAUUCUUGCUUCGUUUGUGGUACUAGUCUCUGUAAUACUGGCCACUAGUAUUAAUGAGUCUGUUUUAGCGUCACUUUCAGUUUUCUUUGUGGUAUUUAUGGCGGUAGGCACUAAGUUGUUCGUUCAAUAUUACUUCAAAAUUCAUCAUCAGAAAAAUUUAGGGGAAUUGAAAUUUUUUACCACACAUGUUAAGAAACUGAUUUUCCUGUUGAGAAAGUGUAUUAAGCUUAUUCAAGAAAUGGAGGUGAUAUCAAAAGGUUAUACUAUGGCGGGUCCAGGUAAUCCCGCAUUCUUCUUGGAAAACUAUGAUCAUUUUAUAAGAUCAGCAGUGUAUCCAGCAUUAAGGGAUAAUGUUGCGAAAAAUACAGAAUAUGUGGCAACAUGUCUUCAGCAAUCAGCGAAAGAGUUACUUUCACAUUUUCCCCUUAGCAUGGAAUUUGCCGAAGUAUUCACAUACUUUUCAACACAAUCUGUAACCAGCGAGCUUGUUGGAGCUGGGGACAUCGCACCAGAUAGUUGCCCUGGAAGAGUAUCAUUACAAGGAUUAAAAAAUAGGAUGUCAUUAGUUUUAAGCCUACAGUCAGAAUUUCUCAGCAGAUUCUUGCUCAGUCUAUCGGUGAAAGCAAAUGAUGGGAAUUUGUACGACCUGUACUUAGAGCUUUUUACAAACAUAAACAAGAUAUUUGGAAUUUCUUCAAAAACUAUAGCAGCUUCUCUAACAGCCAUUGAGAGAUGUUACCACUUACAUGACAGUUUUUGUUUUAUAAAAGAAGAGUCUGCAAAGCCUCCUACUGCAAGGCCUUCUACUAAAUUGACACUUCUUAAUACAGCUCUUCAUAGUCUACAACUUCACCUUCAGGCAGGAAUUGUGAGAUUGCAGUCUUUUCAGGAAAUUAUAUGGAAACUUUCUGAAGCAGAAUGUGAAUUAAAAUCCACGGACUUGUCUGACAUGAAUGCAAAGUUUGUAUCAUUUCAUUGGUUAAAAAGUGAUCUAGAAUCAGCAUUUACCUGUUGGCAGGAGGCUGAAAGACAUCUUAACAAGUUGCUGAGUAAAGAACCUGCUACAGAACAAAAUAGAAGCUUUUGUGAUACAGUCAGCAAUGUCAUUUUGGAAGAAUCAAAUGAACCUUCCCCUUUAGAUUUCAAAGAGGAAGUUUCAGAGAGUGACAGGGUUUAUGAGGCAUUUUCUGAUCCAUACGAUGAUGCUCUCUGUGACCACCCUGCAUCAACAGCUGAGAAUCUUGAAAGAGACUUUAAUGCGGCAAAGAAGAACAAAAAACUUCUUCAAGAACUUAAGGCUGUUUUAUUUACAAAGGCAAAGGAUCCACUCAUUGGUGCUGCAGGGUUUGUUCAGCCUAUAAAAUCACCUGUUCACAAUCUACCAGAUUCUGCAAAUGUGAAAGAUGAAACAUUGCAUAAUGGUAACACAAGUCUUGCUCCUGAGAUGGAAGCAAAAGAAACAUCAAAUACUUCCAAAUGUGGUGAAACUGUGGAUAAAAAUAAUUUAUGUUCGAAUGAAGGAUGUAAUCAGUUUUCUGAUGAAGAAGCAAGGGAACAACCUAUGUUCUUCAUGAACCUUCGGUCUUCAGUUGCUGUCUCAGCUGCUGCUGCUGCGGUUACACAAAGGCAGACUAUGGGUCUAUAUCAAGACAGUUUCAUCAUUGAUGACUCAGACUGAAGAAUAUAUGUACAUGUACCUGAAAAUCAGGUGCAUUGGGAUUUUAUUAGCGGCCACAAUUAUUUGGUGUUAUUUUUGGGCAUUCAUUACUUUCAGGUCGUUACU